UGGCAGUCAGCGUUCUGUCCCAGAGCACAGCGAGGCACAGCGAGGGCAACAGCAUCAUUCUCUUCAGCACCAAGGACAAACACAUACGACACGGCACGCUCUUCUUUCUCAAAUGUCAAACUGGAUGUUUUUUCACACAGAAAGGGGAUGAUAGAACUUCAUUUGACAACGACUUAAAAAUAUAUAUUAGCAUACAACUAGUAAUGCUAAUAUAUACUAGCUGAAAAAAACACACAUUUAAAAAAAGAAGAGGUGUACUAUACAGCAAUUUUUGCCCGUUUUUUGGGGGUGUUAAAAAUGUGCAGCCGUUUCAAAUAUUAUAUGUAUAUUCUUCUCGAAAGGUCUGCGUAGAGUAUGUGUGGGAUUUUUUUUUCAAGACUUUAAAAUAUCACACCGGGGUUGCUUUUAUGAGGGAAAUAUUUUGCAUGUGCAUUCCAAAAAAAAAAUAAAAAGAAGUUUAAUAGAGGCACUUAAAGCUCAGCUUCAAGGUGUUUGAGCUAUUUUAGUCUCACUUUUAACUUGUUUUGGACGAUAAAUCAGCUGUGAAAAAGAAUAAUUUACUUAAACGAAACAAGAGUCACAAGUGAGGAAAAAACCCAACUUACACCUUUCCUUGAAGCAUCGGUGUCCGCGUGGAUUAUAAAAAAUGGAAUGUCAGUUUCUUCUCAUAUGGAUUCUUUACCUGCCCCAAGUCACCACUUCUACUGCACAGGACUGUCUCAGUAAGAGGCAGGCGCUGAGCUCCCUCCAUCAGAUCCAGAAGCUGCUGUCAGGUCAAGAGGCCUCCUACCUGCAGAGCCUGCGCACCAUGAAGAAGAAGAUCAGUCUGCUGCAGAACACCAUUACCAGGCAGGUCAGCAAGCUAAAUGAGACCUGCCCCAAGCUGGAGGUCCCAAACAAUGGCAGGAAGCUGGGGAGCAUCUCAGCGGUGGGACACGAGGUGCACUUCCUGUGUGAGAAAGGGUUUGAACUGGUAGGGUCCGAGACCAGAGUCUGUCAGGAAUCCCACAGCUGGAGUGGCCAGCAGCCCUUCUGCAGGAAUAUAAAUGAGUGUGCAAAGUCCCCUUGUCUGAAUGGAGGCACCUGUGUGGAUGAUGUGAACCGCUUUGCCUGCAUGUGUGCCAGAGGCUGGUCCGGGACUUACUGUCAGAACUCGGUGUACUCCUAUUGGACAAGCCAGACCAACUCCUCCUUCAGCCGACAGCCUCACUGUGCCAACAUGCAGGGAUCCACUCAGUGCACCUGCGACGAAGGCUUCCAGAUCGCAGGCAGAGACAACAGCCGCUGCCAGGAUCUCGAUGAGUGUGAACUCUAUUACUCGGGAAGGCUGCCCCGCCUUUGUGCACAUGCCUGUGUCAACACCCCCGGCUCCUACCGCUGUACCUGCCCCCCGGGAUACAGCCUGCGCGGCGACCAGCGCAACUGCAAAGAUUUGGACGAGUGUGCAAGCCGCCAGCACAACUGCAGCCGUGAUGAGCUGUGUGUGAACACGUUCGGAGGCUUUCAGUGCGUGCGACCAGACUGUCCCAGAGCACGACAGAACACCAGCUACGUCAAAACCUCCCUGCUGCGCUGCGAGCGGAACCCCUGUCCAGUGGACAACAAAGCUUGCGCCCAGGCUGCCUCCUCCAUCUCCUUCAGCUACCUGUCUCUGGUGUCCAACCUGACAGUGCCCCGCGUGCUCUUCCGCAUGUCUGCGGCCCGCGUGCACGGGGACAGCCUGCGUUUCGGGCUGCUGGGGGGGCGGGGCCGCGGUCACUUCAGUGUCCAACGCUCGGACCGGCUCACCGGGGAGCUGGUCCUGGUCAGCCCUGUCCUGGGGCCCGCUGUGCUGGAGGCCGAGCUUGAGAUGACCGAACUGGAGAAGAGGACGGUCCUGGCUAGGUUCAUCUCCAAGGUGACCGUCUUCAUUUCACAGUACGACUUCUAGGCUUCCCCACGAGAGACACCUUGAUCUAAAUAUGUAAUCAAUCUUACAGCAAGCAAACGCUGCUCUCAACGGGUAAGGAGUUGGUGGAGUGCAAUCUUCAUAAUACAGUUGUCAACACAAGCAAGCUGGCAGACAGAGAGAUGGCAAGGGAAGACAACUUAUCCCCUCACUUCGGGGAAAUACUGAAUUUUUAUUUGCUUUUAUUUGUAGAUGUACAACUAAAAAAUGAGAACAGUGUUAUUGUACUAUUACUAUUAGGUGCAUGUGCUUAUUGAUAAAGUCCACAAGGCUAUUUACUGAAGAGCAACAGAGAUAAAAUAAAUUAAAACCCCAUUAGGAACCCACCUAGAUCUUAUCCUUGAAUGCCAUUCCUGAAGACUGCUAAAAAACAAUCUUUAGCUAUAAGGGGCAUUUAUUCAUGUGUCAGCAUGACCUACUUAUGUAUAAUCGUGUGUGCCUUUUAGCAAUAUUAUAAAGUACAGUAAAAACUUCAUUAACUAAUUUUAUCUGAACACAACAUUAGGAACCCACUUACAUGCCAGAAGCUAAUGAAAAAGGUGGUUGUACUAAAUGCCUUUGUGGCAAAGAAUGACAUGUUACAGUGUUUCAUGUAAUUGUCUUGAGUUGUUUGUUUAUGAAUGGCACACCUACAUGCCAUUCAGUUGUGAUAUAGACUCGUUUUCAGUGGCUGAAAUCCUGCUGAAAAUUGAUCAGAACUGAGCAGGAACCCAAGCAUGGAUGGCUAGAACAGUCCCCUGCGCCAUCUAGGGCCCACUAUUAUUAUUGAAACAGUAAACAAAUACCUGCCCAAGCUUGCUUUCCUGAGGCGUGUUGCAUUCUCUGAUGUGCUGGUAUUGUUAUUAAUAAAGCUUCUUUUUUAUGAUA